UCUGUCUUCCUCUGCUGUGUUCAUAACUUUGGGUUUCCAUUCCGUUCUCUAAUGGCUUCCUCCAGUGUUAAUCGUUGGGUGAGGCCUGAGGUCUACCCUUUAUUCGCAGCGGUUGGUGUUGCCGUGGGAAUCUGCGGCUUGCAAUUGAUCCGGAACAUCUGCACCAACCCCGAAGUCAGGGUAAACAAACAAAAUAGAGCUGCUGGAGUGUUGGAUAACCAUGCAGAGGGAGAAGUAUAUGCUGAACACAGUUUGAGGAAGUUCGUUCGCAACAAGAGCCCACAAAUAAUGCCUGCAAUUAACGAUUUCUUCACCAACCCAAAAUGAAUCCAGCCAACAUUAACAUUUAAUUCUUUAAGUCUUCCCCUUUUUUUUCAGGGUAGAACUGUUUUAUUUUCCAUUCUCAUUCUCAUUGUGACUGGAGCUUGUUCUGAGGUUGAACCUCGUCAAUGUGAUUGAACCCUAAUUGAAUUGAGUGAAGAUAAUAAACAUGAGUUUGUUUGAU